AUGAACGGCACUCGAACACUUCCCACACGACCCAGCGAUCAUGGACGAAAGUACUCGACACCAAUGGCACCACCGUUCAUGGUGUCUGCACCUGGAAAAGUCAUAGUCUUUGGCGAACAUGCUGUCGUACAUGGCAAGGCGGCUAUGGCAGCAGCCAUCUCCUUGCGCUCCUAUCUACACGUCACUACCUUGUCAAAAUCACAUCGGACGAUCAGAUUGUGUUUUCCAGAUAUAGGCCUGGAUCAUACCUGGAACAUCGAUGAAUUGCCAUGGGAUGUGUUCGGCAAGGUUUUGAAGAAGCCAAAGUACUACGACAUGGUUACCAGUUUGGACGAGAAACUGGUGGAAGCUAUGCGCCCAGCAAUCGAAGAGGUCGCGCCAGAAGAGCAAGGAGACAAGAGAAGAAUAUUACAAUCUGCGGCUUCAGCUUUCCUAUAUCUUUAUCUGUCAUUACAGCAAGCCACUACACCAGCAGCUAUAUGGGUACUGCGAUCGACCUUACCGACUAGUGCAGGUUUGGGUUCAAGCGCCAGCGUUUGUGUGUGCAUUGCUGCUGCACUGCUCAAGCAGAUACACGUUCUUUCCGGUCCGCACCCCGAUCAACCGGAUGAAGAGGUUGAAACUCAGCUUGAGAGGAUAAAUAGAUGGGCUUUUGUGGGCGAGCUCUGUAUACACGGCAAUCCUUCUGGGGUCGAUAACACCGUUUCAACUCGAGGGAAAGCCGUGCUUUUCAAGCGUACCGAUUACACAAGACCUCCCCAAGCAACGCCGAUAAACACAUUCCCUGAGCUUCCAUUGCUGUUAGUCAACACAAAACAACCACGAUCAACCUCGACCGAAGUUGCAAAAGUCGGUGCUUUGAAGAAGAAAUACCCAGAUGUGACGGAAAAGACACUAGACAGCAUUGACCAGGUUACAAUGUCAGCAUAUAAACUCAUAACCUCAGACUCUUUCGAUCCUAAGUCCGAACACAACAUUGAGCAUCUUGGUGAUCUCUUUCGAAUGAACCACGGUCUGCUCGUAAGUCUCGGCGUGUCGCAUCCGAAGCUCGAGCGUGUCAGGGAACUAGUCGACUACGCAGAUAUCGGCUGGACAAAGUUGACUGGUGCUGGUGGUGGUGGCUGCGCAAUCACUCUGCUGAAGGAUAACGUUGACAAGCAGCGCAUCGAGAAACUACAAGAGGACUUUGAGGACGCCGGGUACGAAGAAUACAAGACCACAUUGGGUGGUGAUGGUGUCGGUAUCCUCUACCCCGCCGUGCUCAAGAACGGCUCAGAAGAGAAAGGCGGUGAAGAGAUUAAUCUACAAAAAUUCUUGAAUGCUCAAGGUGCCGACGAUAUCGAGCGUCUAGCUGGAGUGGGCAUUCGGGAAAAGAGGCCUGAGUGGAAAUUUUGGAGGCUUUCUGACGCAAAUUAG